AUUCUAUUUCUAUCCUGUCUUUAGAUCUGUUUGACUAGGCUCCCUUUUGUCUCCUGGGUCGACAAGUCUAGUGCUGAUGCACUGCAGUAAACAUAUGUCCAUCGACUAAUAUUUGCCAGUGUGGCAAAGUUUAAUUUCACACUUGUGACCUCACUGCUAUUCUAAUACGCAUUGGGGGUUUUUUCUCAGACCCAAUGUGGUCGAUCGACCUCUCAGUCACAACUACGAAUGUUAGCUAGAAAAGUCAUUAACUUUCCUACUACCACAGCGAGAUAAAGAAUAACAUCUUAAAGCAGAACUUUUUGUUUCAUAUUCUUUUAAUUCCAUUGUCGGCCGAAAUAUGACUCCAAACAACCCAACACCUCAUGAGACUGACAGUCUGCUGGGUACUACUCAUCACAGCCCCCGGUCCAAGCGCAGAGACGCUGUCGUACGGCAUCUUACAACCGACAUUGAUCCCCAACAUGGUGACAUCCUCCUCAUAUUCUGCUACAUAAUCACCGGACUGCUUGACAGUUCUGCAGUCUUUAUUUGGGGCGCUUUCGUGAGCAUGCAAACCGGGAACACAGUCUACUUAGGGCUUGGUUUAACAGAUGCCCAAGAAGGGCCACGCUGGAUCAAAUCGGGAGUAUCAAUCGCCAGUUUCUGUCUGGGAUCAACAUUUUUCGCAGCCUUUUAUCGCUUUUUUAAGUCACCAAGAGCCCGCUGGUUGCUUAUUCUCUCAUUUACUAUUCAGAUGCUCUGCUUGGUAGUCGCGGCUAUUAUUGUCACCGUUGAAGGAUCGACUAAAGGCCCACACUUGACAUGGCAGAUUCUUGUGCCCUUGGCACUAGUUGCUUUUCAAAGCAGUGGCCAAGCGGUAACUAGCCGGGUUUUGAAGUUUAAUGCACUAUCAAGUGUGGUGUUGACGAGUCUUUAUUGUGAUUUAUUCUCCCACCCAGAUUUUGUAUCACCAGCCACAAUGUUCCGUACGUUAGAAGAGAGACAGCGUGGGGCUGCUGUAAUAUGCAUGCUUUUUGGUACUAUAUUAGGGGGGUUGUGGGCAAAGAGUUCAGUCGGGAUAUUGGGUGCGUUGUGGACUGCGGUUUUAUUGAAGUUCUUGAUUGUUCUAGCUUGGCUGCAGUGGAGAGGAAAGAAGGCAGCUGAUGAAGAGCAGUAACUGACAUGUUAGAAGUCAAAAAUACGUUUAUCCACUAGAAUAAUAAACCCGCCUCGAUAUUAGUUCUGCCUUCUACCAAUUGACGCAUUUUCCUUGGUGUUUUUUCAAAUGUUGUUUCAUCGCGAUUCUUCAGGGUCCGACGCGACUCAC